UCCAAAGGAAACAAACAAACACAGAAAUUUCUAGUCUCCAAAUAAAGAUUUCCUUAAAACCCUUUUCUCCUCUCCAACUUAGCUUCAAAACCCAUCUCUCAAAAUCUCGAUUUGAAUCUGUACUGGUUAGUUUUGGAUCUGAUUAUGCUAUUUGACAAAAUUCUGAGAAAGAAAGAACAAUUGAAUAAGAUUUGGAAGUAAUGUCGUGGGGAGGAGGACCAGAAGAGAUCUUUCUUUCAACCUCUCUUGCUAGUUAUCUUGAUAGGAAGCUUCUCAUUCUACUCCGUGAUGGCCGGAAACUUAUGGGCCUACUUCGUUCUUUUGAUCAAUUUGCAAAUGCUGUUCUUGAAGGUGCGUGCGAGCGAGUGAUUGUGGGGGAUCUUUAUUGUGACAUUCCCUUAGGCCUAUAUGUCAUCCGUGGGGAAAAUGUUGUUUUAAUUGGUGAACUGGACCUCGAGAAAGAAGAGCUACCGCAGCACAUGACUCGUGUUUCAGCUGCAGAGAUUAAAAGGGCACAAAAAGCAGAACGGGAUGCUACAGAUUUGAAAGGCUCCAUGAGAAAGAGAAUGGAGUUCCUUGAUAUGGAUUGAUAUAUAUUGAAAAUUUCCCUCGACCGAAAACCAACAAAACACUAUCACAUUGCAGUACCAUGAUUCCGCAAAUAUUAUCGCGGUUUUUUGGUGUUGUACAGAUGCUGAUUUAGUAAAGGGAAUUGGGAAUAGAGGGUCAAUAGCUGACUGUUAAGUUCUUUUGCUCAUCUAAUUUCUUUUGGCAGUUUAGUGUAUCUCAUGUUCUUCCAAGAGAGGUAGACUGGUAGAGAUGGUGUUUGUUUUUCCAUUGUCAGAUAGACAACUUGAAACGAUUUAUUAAAUGUGCAGUAUCUGUUUGUUUUCGUUGUACCUCUCCACAAAACACUUUAUAAGAGUGUCUUUCUGAUUCUUAA